UAAUUUUAACCACAAUAUUCAAAAUCAUGCUUAUGUGCACUUUAAUUUUUACAAAACUUCAUAUUCAAAACCCCCAAAAUUUGAAGCGUGCUACGAGUCUCCCCAUACGCCGCUCCUGCCCUUGCUACUUGCCGCUUUUCACCAUCCUGCAACUCUAUCUUCUCCGUCACCUCCUGUUCGAGUUUGUACCCUAAGUUCCUUUCCAGAAAUGGGUUCAACAAAUAUAAGGGAUAUUUUGAGUUGUUUGAGCCCCUCCUUGGACUUGUUUGCUAUCAGUUCUGGCGAUGGCCGUAUCAAGAUAUGGGAUACAGUGAAGGGUCAAAUACAGACCGAGUUUGCAGAUAUUGUGUCAACAGAGACAGAAAGCUUGUUUACUAAGCCAGGUGGUCAUCUUUCAAUAGAUUAUACUUGCAUGAAGUGGCUCUUAUCAUGUGACAGAAAGAAAAAAAGGAAGCUUGGAACUUCAUUAUUGAUCUUAGGUACAGGCAGUGGUGAUGUUUCUGCUUUAGAUGUAUCUGCGGGUCAUCUGAAAUGGAAAUUUAGUGAUUGCCAUCCUGGCGGUGUCAGCGCCAUCUCAUUCCCUUCACAUGGUUCAUUCAUUUACACGGCUGGUGCUGAUGGACUAGUUUGCCAAAUUGACUCCAUGUCGGGGAACUUACUGCAUAAGUUUAAAGCGUCCACUAAAGCAAUAUCAUCUUUAUCAGUUUCGUCAGAUGGGAAAAUACUAGCAACAGCAACUUCUCAGUUGAAAAUUUUCAAUUGCUUCGAUGACAAAAGGCUCCAGAAAUUUUCAGGCCACCCUGGGGCUGUUCGGUGUAUGGUUUUCUCUGAAGAUGGGAGACAUAUUCUUUCUUCUUCUGUUGGUGACCGACAUGUAGCAGUUUGGAAGUUAGAUGGUAGCAAAAAGAACUCAGCGUGCUGCUUGCUUGCCAUGGAUCACCCUCCUGUCCUUUUGGAUAGCUACUGCAUUAAAUCUGGAGAUGAAAAUGAUGCAAGUUUAGGUGUUUUGGCCAUUUCAGAAAUUGGUGUUUGCUACUUUUGGCAUGGAAAAAGCUUUGAGGAAUUGCACAAUGGGAAGCCCACAAAAAUAUGCAUAGCUUUAGAUGAGAAAAUACUGAAGAAACAUAAAGAAGCCGUGCCUAGUAUUUUUUCAGCAAAAUUGCAAUCUAUUAGCAAAUCUGGUUCCGGCCAUAUGUUUAUUGCAUAUGGCUCGUUGAUAAAGCCAUCAUUUGAAAAAGUUAUGGUGCAGCCUGGUGCGGAUAUCAGGUUAAAAAGUUCUCUUGAUGGGAUCCUUCUAUUCUUCAAUCAAUCUCGCAAAUCUAAACAAGCGUCCAGCACCCAGAGUCAGGUUACUGCUCUCGAUCGUGCAAAUGCAGAGGGUGCCUUACUUCCUUUGCCUAAGAUUCUUGAUCAGGUUGGCGUGGAGACUGGAAUUAAGCCCACAGUUAGCAAAGAUGUCAGUGUUAAACAAGGGGAAGAUGAGGUCACAAUUUGCAUGGAGGACCAGUUAAGAUCCCUGGGUAUAAUUAGCAACGACUAUGAACUCUCGCCUACCUCAAUUCUUGAUGAUAAGGUUUUGAAAAGAAUAAGUGGUGGUGCUAGUGUGCCACAGAAGAAGAUGAAAGCAGCUAUUUUAUCCAUGGAACCGCAUGAUGCUUACAACUUAUUGAAAGCCUUGGUGGACGCAUGGCAGUCCAGAUCAAGCAUGGGAAUACAUGUUCUUCCAUGGAUAUGUUGUAUAAUGGUGAACCACAAUGAAUUUGUUACAUCGCAGGAACCACUGACGCCUCUUCUGGAUUCCAUGAACAAGGUAGGAUAUAUGCUGCUACAAUGCUACUGUUGCUGGGGAAGUAUGGGAUUACUUUGGGGGUGCCAACUUUCCAAGUCAAAGGUGGCAGCCCUUAACUAUUUAUUGCAGUUAUCUGGCCGUUUGCAACUCGUAAUGGCACAGAUCGAGAAGGCUGAUAAUAAGAAAGCCCCAGCAUUAACACUUGAGGGGCAGAUGGAUGAAAGUGAGGAUGAUGAGGUAGAUGAAGUUAUGUAUGGCAGAGAUGUAGAAUCUCAAACGAGCAGUGAUGGGGAUGAUUAGGACUUUUUGGGUUUUAUGUUGCGGACCUGUCAUUCUCAUGCCAAUGAAAUAUCGUCGGGGGGCCAUUUUUAGUAGCUCUGUGGCAUUUUACUGGAAGUACUGCUACUGUUAAGUGUGUACCUUAUUUUGUACGACUUGCUUAGUUACAUGCAAGGCAAUACCAUCUUUCCUUCUUCA